CCACUCUUAGUGAAGACCCAAACGCAGUGCGAUGGUGAAGCUUCUUCUGGGUCUCCUGUUCCUUGCCAUCCCCUCAGGAGGUGUGACAAAAUCAGACAUGAAGGGGAAGGUGUUCAUUUUCCCUGAAGAAUCACAUACAGCCUAUGUGUCCCUGAUUUCCAAGGUGAAGAAGCCACUGCAGAACUUUACACUGUGCCUGAAAGCCUUCACGGAUCUCACGCGUCCCUACAGCCUGUUCUCCUACAACACUCCAUCCCAGGACAACGAGCUGCUUCUCUUUGUCCACAAAAAGGAAGAGUACAUGUUAUACAUCGGGAAUGUUGGGGUUACUUUCAAAGCACCCCACAAUCCUAAUGCUCCAGUCCAUGUCUGUGCAAGCUGGGAGUCAGCUUCUGGGAUUGCUGAGUUCUGGGUAGAUGGGAAGCCCAUGGGGAGAAAAGGCUUGAGGAAGGGGUAUUCAUUGGGAGCAGAGGCAAAAAUUAUCUUGGGACAAGAGCAGGAUUCCUUUGGGGGAAAAUUUGAUGCAAAACAAUCCUUUGUUGGGGAGAUAUGGGAUGUGCAUUUGUGGGAUCAUGUGCUCCCCCUGAAGGAGAUGUGUGCCUUUUGUCAUGGCAGCAAUAUUCUGAACUGGCAGGCCCUGAAUUUUGUGGAGAACGGUUAUGUGGUGAUCAAGCCCAAGGUGUGGGUUUAAGCCUCAUUCUCUUCAGCCAUGAUUUAUGUUUAGUUGAUAAUCACAUACUCUUUGAAAUUAAAUGCAUGGAUUUUAUUAUC